AACACACCCAGAGACAGUCCAGGCCUUCUAGAUAAGAGAAAGGGUGCCUGGGAGAAGGGCAGCAGGUGUGAGCCCUUACUACCCGGACCUUCCCCAGGAGGGACACAUCUGGGGCUCCAUGAAGAGGACAGCUUUCAUCCUGGGGUCUGGCCUGCUCCUAUUUGUGGCCUUCUGGAACUCAGUCACAUGGCAUCUGCAGAGAUUUUGGGUCACUUCAGGCUACUUUUGGCAAGCCCAGUGGGAAAGGCUUCUGUCUGCGUUCGAGGGGAAGGAGUGGAUACUCUACUGUUUAAGUGCCACCCAAGUGCCUGGAUUGUUCUUCUGGGCCAUAAAUGGGCUGCUGCUGCUGGUAGACACAACUGGGAAACCUCACUUCAUCACGAGAUACCGAAUCCAGCUGGGCAAGAAUGAACCUGUAGACCCUGUGAAGCUCCGCCAGACCAUCCGCACUGUGAUCUUCAACCAGUACAUGAUCUCGCUGCCCACAGUGCUAUUGCUCUACCCCCUCUUCAAGUGGAGGGCUGAUCCCUGCCGUCAGGAGUUGCCCACCCUCCACUGGUUUCUGCUGGAGCUGGUUGUCUUCACCCUGAUCGAGGAGGUUUUUUUCUACUACUUACACCGGCUCUUCCAUCACCCCAGGUUCUACCAGACCAUCCACAAGAAGCACCAUGAGUGGACAGCUCCCAUUGGCAUAGUGACACUUUAUGCCCAUCCUAUUGAAAACUUGGUUUCCAACAUGCUACCAGCAGUUCUGGGCCCCCUAAUCAUGGGCUCCCACUUGUCCUCCAUCACCAUUUGGUUCUCCUUGGCCCUCAUGACGGCUACCAUCACCCACUGCGGCUACCACCUGCCCUUUCUGCCAUCACCCGAGUUCCAUGACUACCACCACCUCAAGUUCAAUCAGUGCUAUGGUGUGCUGGGCGUGCUGGACCACUUCCACGGGACAGAUACAGCGUUCAAGCAGACCAAAGCCUACGAGAGACAUGUCCUCCUGCUGGGCCUCACCCCACUCUCUGACAGCAUCCCUGACUCCCCAAAGAAGAGGCAGUAAGGCUGAGGCCCUGACUGUCCCAUAAAGCACCUUACCUGCCCUUUAA